UGAUGCCGCAGAGCUCUCCCAGCGCCGCCGCCACCGCCUCCGACAUGGACAAGAACAGCGGCUCCAGCAGCUCCUCCGCCUCUUCGGGCAGCAGCAAAGGGCAACAGCCGCCUCGCUCCGCCUCGGCGGGGCCGGCCGGCGAGUCUAAACCCAAGAGCGAUGGAAAGAACUCAAGUGGAUCCAAGCGUUAUAAUCGCAAACGUGAACCUUCCUACCCCAAAAAUGAAAAUUUUAUCAACCAGUCCCGUCGCUCCAAUUCACAGAAAAGCAAAACUUUUAAUAAGAUGCCUCCUCAAAGGGGCGGCGGCAGCAGCAAACUCUUUAGCUCUUCUUUUAAUGGUGGAAGACGAGAUGAGGUAGCAGAGGCUCAACGGGCAGAGUUUAGCCCUGCCCAGUUCUCUGGUCCGAAGAAGAUCAACCUGAACCACUUGUUGAAUUUCACUUUUGAACCCCGUGGCCAGGCUGGUCAUUUUGAAGGCAGUGGACAUGGCAGCUGGGGAAAAAGGAACAAGUGGGGGCAUAAGCCUUUUAAUAAGGAACUCUUUUUGCAAGCCAACUGCCAGUUUGUGGUGUCUGAAGACCAAGACUACACAGUUCAUUUUGCUGAUCCUGAUACCUUAGUCAACUGGGACUUUGUGGAACAAGUGCGCAUUUGUAGCCAUGAAGUGCCAUCUUGCCCAAUAUGCCUAUAUCCACCUACUGCAGCCAAGAUAACCCGUUGUGGACACAUCUUCUGCUGGGCGUGCAUCCUGCACUAUCUUUCACUGAGUGAGAAGACCUGGAGUAAAUGUCCUAUCUGUUACAGUUCUGUGCAUAAGAAGGAUCUAAAGAGUGUUGUUGCCACAGAGUCACGUCAGUAUGUUGUUGGUGAUACCAUUACAAUGCAGCUGAUGAAGAGGGAGAAAGGGGUGUUGGUGGCCUUGCCCAAAUCCAAGUGGAUGAAUGUAGACCAUCCUAUUCAUCUUGGAGAUGAACAGCACAGCCAGUACUCCAAGCUGCUGCUGGCCUCCAAGGAGCAGGUGCUGCGCCGGGUGGUGCAGGAAGAGAAAGCGGCGCUGGAGCGGCAGCUGGCAGAGGAGAAGCACACGCCCGAGUCCUGCUUUAUUGAGGCAGCUAUCCAGGAGCUCAAGGCUCGGGAAGAGGCUCUGUCAGGAUUGGCUGAAAGCAGAGGGGAGGUCCCUGGUGUCGUGGCUGCUCUGGAACAACUGGUGCUGAUGGCUCCCUUGGCGAAGGAGUCCGUUUUUCAACCCAGGAAGGGCGUGUUGGAGUACCUGUCUGCUUUUGAUGAAGACGCCACCGAAGUUUGUUCUCUGGGUCCUCCUCAUCCUGUUGCUCUUCCUCUGGUAGAGGAGGAGGAAACAGUGUCCGAACCAGAGCCUGAGGGCUUGUCAGAGGCCUGUGAGGACCUGGAGUUAGCAGAAGACAAUCUUGGAGAAGGGACCAUUUGUGCCGAGUCCAGCCAGCAGGAACCCGUCGGCAAACCAAGCGUCACUCACCUGAGCAGCUCUCCUUGUUACUACUUUUACCAAGCGGAGGACGGGCAGCACAUGUUCCUGCACCCUGUGAACGUGCGUUGCCUCGUGCGGGAGUACGGCAGCCUGGAGCAGAGCCCUGAGAAGAUCUCGGCCACGGUGGUGGAGAUCUCCGGCUACUCCAUGUCUGAGGAUGUGCGACAGCGUCAUAGAUACCUCUCUCACUUGCCACUCACCUGCGAGUUCAGCAUCUGUGAACUGGCUCUUCAGCCUCCUCUGGUCUCUAAGGAAACCCUAGAGAUAUUCUCAGAUGACAUUGAGAAGAGGAAGCGGCAGCGUCAGAAGAAGGCCCGGGAGGAACGCCGCCGAGAGCGCCGGAUUGAGAUGGAGGAGAACAAGAAGCAGGGCAAGUACCCGGAAGUCCACAUUCCCCUGGAGAAUCUACAGCAGUUUCCUGCCUUCAGUUCCUACACUUGCUCCUCUGAUUCUGCUUUGGGUCCCACCAGCACUGAGGGCCGUGGGGCGCUCUCCCUUUCUCCUCUUAGCAGAAGUCCAGGUUCCCAAGCAGACUUCCUGCUGACCCCUUUGUCACCCACUGCCAGUCAGGGCAGUCCUUCAUUCUGCGUUGGGAGUCUGGAAGAAGACUCUCCUCCCUUCCCUUCCUUUGCCCAGAUGCUGAGAGUUGGAAAAGCAAAAGCAGAUGUAUGGCCCAAAACUGCUCCAAAGAAAGAUGAAAACACCUUAGGUCCUCCUGCCCCUGUGGACAGCGAUGGGGAGAGUGAUAACUCAGACCGCGUUCCUGUGCCCAGUUUCCAGAAUUCCUUCAGCCAAGCUAUUGAAGCAGCCUUCAUGAAACUGGACACACCGGUGACUUCAGAUCCGCUCUCUGAAGAGAAAGGAGGAAAGAAAAGAAAAAAACAGAAACAGAAGCUCCUGUUCAGCACCUCCGUCGUCCACACCAAGUGACACUACUGGCCCAGGCUGACUUCUCAUCUGGUUUUCUUUUUAUUUGCGCUUUUGUUUUGCUGCUGUAAUUUUUAAGUAUUUGAGUUUGAACAGAUAGGCUCUGGGGGGAGGGGGUUUCCACAAUGUGAGGGGGAACCAAGAAAAUUUUAAAUACAGUGUAUUUUCCAGCUUCCCGUCUUUACACCAAAAUAAAGUAUUGACACUCACAAGAGAGCUCUUCCCGCCAAGGUUUUUAGUUUGUUGCCAGGUAGUCUUUUUGACCCAUGUGUAAUUAGUUUUUCUCAGCCCCAACUUAAGUUUUAGUCUCUUGGAGCAGCCCAAACCAGUGUUAGGGCACCUUGCUUUCAGCACACCUAUUGGUGUGUCUUUUAAAAAUAGUUCAAUCUUUUCUAUCUGUUCAGUACUCCUCUUGUUAAAGAAACAGAGGGAUGGGAAUAAAAUGGAUGUAGGACACCCAGCUUGAAUUGUAGUUUUUCUUAUGACAACCAGGCUGUGGUGUCAGACCCAGGUUGCACUUGUAUGUGUGAUGGAGGGUUUUACCUUCUGUUUGGCACAGAAAGUUUUAACUGUCAUUGACUAAGGAAGCCCUAGGACCUGAUAGCCUUUAGGUCAAGCCUGUUUCAAGCGACAGUGGCCUGAAUGAAUUACAGAAACGGAGGAGUCUGGCACACCUGGAGGCAGAGCAGGACAGGUGUGAAAGCGGUGGGGAUGCCUCCCCAACCCCUGCCCCCCACUGCCUCCCUGUUGUCUAGAGCAGUCUUAUGCCUUGGUUUGAGCUGAAUGAAUUUGAGUGAUGUGAAUUAUUUUGCUGCUUAAUAAAGUGACCUCUAGGUAUAAUAGACUAUGAAGGCAAAUAGUUGCAAUAAAUCACCUGCAUAAGCA